AUGACUGAAGAACACUCUGUUUUCUUUAUUGCUGAUGCAAACUUCUUCAUUCAGGGCGGCGCUCAGGUUGACUGCCCCAAUGUAAUUUAUAUGACUGAAGAAGCAAUGCAAGAAGUCCGCGAUGCACGUGCCAAACAAAUUUUGCAAAAUUUCCAGCUUUCUCACGAAAUCAUUGUUAGACAACCAACAUCCGAAUCAGUUACAGCUGUUACACAAGCAGCUACAGACAGUGGAAACGCCGUACUCCUUUCAAAAACAGAUAUUGGUCUACUUGCUCUUGCUUUCGACUUCAUGCCAGAAGAGCAAGAAGAAAAGCCAAAGAAAGAAACACAAGAACCACAGUUUGAUGAAUGGAUUACAGCUGAAUCAUACGGUAAAAUCCAAGAUGAUGACGAUGUCAUUCUUUGCACAUCUGAUGCAACAAUGCAAUGCGUUGCUCAGAUUCUUGGCAUUACAGUUGUCUCAUCAACUGGUGCUCGUGUCGCUGAAGUUAAGAGAUGGUUAUUAAGAUGUUCCGCUUGCAAUACAGAAACAUUAGAUGCUACAAAAGAAUUCUGCCCAGAAUGUGGCCAACAUACCCUUAUCCGUUACGCUCUUGUCAUGAGAGAUGGCGUUGAGAAAGAAUUACCGCUUCCAAGAAGAUUUGAGCCAACAGCACGUGGCAAACGCUUCUCAAUUCCAAAGCACGUUGGUGGCAGACAUGGCAAGAAGGAUAUUAUUCUAUCAGAAGACGUUCUUAACGAGGAAAGAAGAAAAUUCAGAUGGUCGGGUGGAGCUAGAAAGACACCACAGGCUGAAGGAACAUUCUUCGAGCCAAGAGCUAUGCCACGCCAAGAACCACAGUAUGGCUACGGAAAUGUGAAUCCAAACCAGCCUCGCCACCUUCUUGGAAAGAAGAAGAAGAGCAACAGGAAGUAA